CAGCUGCCUCCGCCAGGUCCUUCUGCGCCACGCUUUCCCUGUCCCUCACCGGUGUUUUCCAGAAUAACUAACCGUAACUCAGACCCACAAUGGAUGCCCUGCAACUGGCGAAUUCCGCUUUUGCAGUCGACCUGUUCAAACAACUGUGUGAAAAGGAGCCAGCGGGCAAUGUCCUCUUCUCGCCAAUCUGUCUCUCUACCUCCCUGUCACUUGCUCAAGUGGGCACUAAAGGUGACACAGCAAAUGAAAUUGGACAGGUCCUUCACUUUGAAAAUGUCAAAGAUGUGCCCUUUGGAUUUCAAACAGUGACGUCGGAUAUCAACAAACUUAGUUCCUUCUACUCACUGAAGCUAGUCAAACGGCUCUACGUAGACAAAUCUCUGAAUCCUUCCACAGAGUUCAUCGGCUCUACGAAGAGACCCUAUGCAAAGGAGAUGGAAACCGUCGACUUCAAAGAUAAGCUGGAAGAAACGAAAGGUCAGAUCAACAACUCGGUUAAGGAUCUCACGGACGGCCACUUUGAGAACAUUUUAUCUGACAGCAGUGUAAGUGACCAGACCAAAAUCCUUGUGGUUAACGCUGCCUACUUUGUUGGAAAGUGGAUGAAGAAAUUUCCCGAAUCAGAAACCAAAGAAUGCCCUUUCCGAGUCAACAAGACGGACACCAAGCCAGUGCAGAUGAUGAGCCUGGAGGCCACGUUCUGCCUGGGCCACAUCGACAGCAUCGGCUGCAAGAUCAUAGAGCUCCCCUUCCAAAACAAGCACCUCAGCAUGCUCAUCCUGCUGCCCAAAGAUGUGGACGACGACACCACGGGCCUGGAGAAGGUUGAAAAACAACUCAACUCAGAGACGCUCUUACAGUGGACCAAUCCCAGCACCAUGGCCAAUGCCAAAGUCAAACUCUCCAUUCCAAAAUUCAAGGUGGAAAAGGUGAUCGAUCCCAAGGCUAGUCUGGAAAACCUAGGGCUGAAAAAUGUCUUUAAUGAGGAUACAUCUGAUUUCUCUGGGAUGUCAGAGACCAAGGGAGUGGCCCUCUCAAAUGUUAUUCACAGAGUGUGCUUAGAAAUAACCGAAGAUGGUGGGGAGUCCAUAGAGGUGCCAGGAUCACGCAUCCUACAGCACAAAGAUGAAUUCACUGCCGACCACCCAUUUAUUUACAUCAUCAGGCACAACAAAACUCGAAACAUCAUUUUCUUUGGCAAGUUCUGUUCUCCUUAAGUGGCAGAGCCCAGUUAAGUCCCACCCGACUUCUCUGUAAACUCUGCACCCAGAGAAUCACUUUCUAAAUAUGAUAAAUUAAUUAUCAAUACUGCUGGAUGAGGAACCUCCUGGUAUUUGUCAUAUGUAACCUUCAUGCUAAUAGGCUCUUCUUUUCCCACUUUUUCUUUUAUUCCCCCGUCCUACCCCAUAAAAGACAAUGCUUUGAAUGAAAAGGAAUCACUUCAGAGGAGAAUUAUGUAUUCAUUAUUUGUCAAACUAUCUCGGGUUAUGGGAAGGAAUACAGUUUUUCACAAAAGAAAUUCCUAUGAGGAGGAUCUGGAGGAUUUUAUUCCCAGGACUUUGCCUCCCUUCACCGGGACA